CAACACAAACCGCUACGCUAGCUAGCGCUGCUCCUCCAUCCCGGCAGCUUUCUGCACACAUCGCGAGGCCUCACGGCGGCGACGCAAGGGGACGUGGCGGCGAUGGCGGCAAUUAUUCGAGUUUCUGAGAGCGCUUCGACACGUCGAGGAGGGAAAAACACUUCUACGUCGGCGAAAACGGAGAGUUCUCCCGUGAGCUGAAAGGGGAAAAAACAUGGGCGCAGGCGCCUCGUUGUCGCUGUGUAGUGACGCGUCCUCGGUGAGAAUCCUGAGGUCAAGCACUAAGGUCGGUCCAGAGCCAGUUGGUCCCACCCUGGUCCCGGAGCCCGCACUCUCUGCCACGGGUGUGUUUGGUGUUGCCUUCGAAACACUGCGAGAGCGAGGGCAGAUGGUUCGUGGGAUACCCCUUGUGCUAAGAGACAUGGUGGAGUUCCUGGAUACCCACGGAAUGCACCACAGAGGUCUGUUCCGCCUGUGUGGGUCGGUGGUACGUACCAGGAAGCUGAGGCAGAGAUGGGACCAUGGAGAACGGGUGGACUUGAAGCACGAGGAAGAUGUCUCCACCGUGGCCUCGCUCCUCAAACUCUUCCUUCGGGAAUUGCCCACCCCCAUAGUUCCUGAACCCCAGUGCAAACGGCUGCUGCUGAGCCUCGCAGGAGAUGCAGAUGAGGCAGAGCUGAACGAGUCUCUGAGAGAAAACCUUUGCCAUCUCCCCGGUGACAACCUCAUUAUUUUGUCUUACCUCAUCCACUUCCUGUCCAGAGUGGCCGCUCACAGCCAGUCGAAUCAGAUGCCCUUGAAAAGUCUGGCAACCAUCUUUGGGCCUUGUAUAUUCCAUGUUCCCUCGGGACCCGGGAUGCUAGAGGAGCAGUAUUUGUGUAACGCCCUGUUGCUGCAUCUUCUGAAGCAUCAGAAUGAUCUCUUUCCUGUCCAUGCCGAGGACACGGUGGCCUCCUCCAUCGCCUCCUCCUCCUCCUCACCUCCUCCCACUCUAUCUGCUCUUUCACACUUUGAGGUCCGAUCCAGCAGCCGUGUGGAGAACUUGGAGGGAGAGACCACUUCCAUCUCAGCGAGCAGUUCUUUCAACCCAACCAAAGGGGUGCAGUGUCCACUCAACAGUCCUGACACACCGGCGCAGGGUUGUGAAUCCAGCUCUGACGUCAGCGCUGACAUUCAGAAGCUGACUCCAGACCAGGAGGCCUCGAAGGAGAGAAGUGUCAGUUCGGAAGGGGGGGAGGUGCUCUCCCGCUACACCGACCCGGGGCCGGACACACACUCGCCUCCUCUGCUUGUCUCUCCUUUUGCUGAAAUCAGGAGGUCACCAUUCACCCCCGCAUCAAUGGAGACGGAGGAGGAGGUGGAAUCCGAGGGCAGAAGGACACUGUCUUCACCCGUUAAAGACAACUGCUCAACGUCUUCCACAGAUAGCAGACACAAAUCAACAAUUUCAGACGGCCGGCAAGCGGAUGAAUCACCGACUCAGCACGCGGAGAGCACACUGUGCAGCAACACAGGAGCCCGAAUCACAGUAUCUAAGAAGGGGAGAGGAGGAGACGGAAGAGGGUGUAAGGGUUCUUCCUACCGACGCGGUGAAUGCAGAGGCAGCCGUGAUAGCCCCUCCCUCAAGCUACAAGCCCUGGAGAAUGACUUGGGACCACCGGCCUCACCGGUAGACCCCCAGGUUCGGGAUAACCAACCUGCCCGGCAGGAGCCUCUUUUUAGUGAGGGGCAGGACCUUUAUUUGACCCGGAGGCUGCUUCUCCACUCGCCGUCGUCACCGGCUGAGGAUCCGGCCGACUCAUCACAGUCUGUACACAUGGCAUCCCCUCCGUCAUCGGAGUCCAGUUCUCCCCCGUCCAUUGCAAUGCUUUCUGGAGGGAUGUCAGGAAAGGACAGCCUGCCGAGUCCACCGGGACCUAAAACCAGCCCACUCCUCUCUUGUUUUACGACGAGCGACUGCCCCAUUCCGUCGCCUCGCUGCCCCAACCUUUCUCACAGCCUGCGCUACAACCUGGACCCCGACACAGCCCCUUCUCCACCCUGCUCACAGCACAUACGCAUGGCUCGCAGCAGUGACCAUACAGAGUCAGACGUGUCCAUCUUGGUGCUCAAGAGACACAUUUACACCGUGAAGAAGCGGAUUGGCCGUUUUGAGGAUCGUUUUGAACAGGAGAAGCACUACAAGGCGGCACAUAACGACAAGACGGCACAUCCAGAGGUUGCUGGACUGAUGAAGGAGCUCGUCAAGAGUCGCAAGCAACUCAAAGAGUUGAAGCAGAGACAAUCGGAAGGGAGACGGGAGGGAGACUUUAUCCCAUCACCUGAAACAUGCAGUACCAGCACGGACCAGAGAGAGGCAGCACUUACUGGGAGUGAGCUGCAGCAUCUCCACAACAGCAAGCCAGAUGUGGAGGAAACCGUCAACAUGAUAACCAACCGGCUGCAGGAGAGACGGCGAGAGCUGGGCCUUGCAGACGCUGUUCAGGAGGUGUCCCAUUUCCAGCUGACAAUGGAGAAGGCCAGUCUGCAGAAAUGUCUGCUCUACUUUGAGAACCUGCACGGACAACCGAGCACCAGGCAGGAGCGGACUCUGAUGAAACCUUUCUACGACCGGUACCGUCUUGUCAAGCAGCAGCUGCUCUCCUCUAAUGCGACGGCGGUCAUCACGACCAUUGAGGAGGAGGAGGGCUCCGAUGAAGAGCAUCCUAAACUGCAAAGCCCCAGGCUGCAUCCACUCCAACCCAAGUCUUCCAGGUGUGAGUCGCUGCUCCUGCCUUCCCUAGAAAUGUCUGAAACACCUCUGGUGUCCCCACUGGAGGAGGUGAAGGAUUUACAGCCACAGAUUAUCACCAUGGCAACACUACACGAAGCUUCCAGACCAGAAUUGCUGGAUCACCUCAGGGCAGCACGAUCAGAGAAACGGCGGCUUCGCCUGGCGCUCCGACGCUUUGAGGACCACUUCUACAUGCAGACCGGCAGGGCUUGUCAGAAGGAGGACCGCGGGCCGAUGGCUGAGGAGUACUGCCAGUAUAAGAACCUCAAAGCGAAGCGCCGGCUCCUCGAGGCCCUGCUCAGUAAACAACAGGACUCAACCAAGACUAGUUGAGUUAACUCACAGUGGGAUUUAUUUAACAGGACUUGAUUGGUUGUUUCGUGCCAUGCUCAUGAUGUUUAUGCACUUUACAUGAAUAACGCUGAUGGAAAGUAAAUGAAAUGCAGUUUUUGUCCCAAAUACAUGUCAUUUAUGACAGUGUAUUUUCUGAAGCACUUAUAUAUGUCAAGGAUGCUGAGCUUGUUAAUUACAUAUUAGUAAUUCACAAUUACUAUACGCAUGUUAUGGCACUCUUGUUACUUGCCUUUUCUUUUGGACAGCUCUGUCCAUAGUUAAUGUGGAAACUGUUAUCUUUGCAAAAAUAGGUGUCAGCUUGAAUGCAAUCGAUGAGACAAUCAUGUUGUGUUUGUGCAUGUUAGUUGUGUAGUCCUACAUUGUGCUGUGAUAUGCAUUAAGAAUUUGAUCAAUUAAAAUGUUGCCAUUCCGGUGCAACAUCUACAUGUCCUCAAAUUGGCGUUUCUCCCCCCAUUUUGCCUGUGUGAAGUUAAAUCCCCCUCGAAUGCAGUUGUUGACAAUGCUUAUGACAUUGUGCACUUCUGGUUUAUAUAGUUUUCUAUAUAGAGAAAUAAUAUAUAUAUAUGAAUGUAUCAAUAAAAAUAAAUAUUUUUUCACAUUUAAACAGUUUAUGGUUCUACUUUCUUUCUUUCCUUCCACAGACUACGAUAAAAUAACGACUAUUACAGAAAAGGUUGCUGUGGUUGAGGUACAAACAGCUUUCACACGCAUGCUGCCGCAUCAUGCUUUUUUUUUUUUUUUUAAAGGUUAAUUAGUUCACACGUGGUCAAAUACUUAGU